AUGCAAUCAAGACAAUCCACAAAAGUCAUCUAUCAAGGAUUAAAAGAGCUGGUGAAAUUUGGAAAAUUUGCAGAGACAGAAGGUGUUCAGACUUCAAGUGCUCAAACUGUUGUGGUGGCCGAAGAACACGUGGUGCCAUCAAGACCAAAUCUCAAUUCUUCUUUUGAAGUUUCUGAUGAUGAUGAUGAUGAUGGUGAUGAUGAUGAUGAUGGUGGUGGUGAUGAUAAUGAUGAUGAUGAGAGUGAUAGUGAUUACGAUGGUAUUGAUUUUCGUAUGUUUGUAUCAACGAAGGAGCCAGUCAAUGAGGCUGCGAUUUCUCCAGCUGAGACAGAAAAGGAAAUCAACAUUUUUAAGCAACAAAACGAUCCUACGCCCGAACAGAUGGAAGCUCUUAUUGACAAAUUACAGUCAACUACAAGGAAGCCUCCCGAAGCAGUUUCUGUUACUUCUGACUCUCCAUCUGGGAGUGAUAAAGACAAUUCAAAAGGCUCCUUGCUUCCACAAAAGCGAAAACGUAGAGAUCCAAGGCCAGGAGUGCUUUCUACUGAACUAGUACAACAGCCUUCUUAG